AUGCAUGACUACCCAACAGACCCUCUGAAAACCCUUGUAGACUCAGGCACUACCUUCAACUUCAUCUCCCUUGCAAUUGUAGAAAAAUACAAAAUUCCAAAAAUCCUGCUCAAAAAUCCACAAGUAGUGAGAAUGCUAGAUGGUACCAUCUCUCAGACUGGUUGCAUAUGGCACCAGGUUCAACUUGCAGUUUUGGCUAAUGGCCACACACACUCCAUCCCUUUCCUUGUAUGCCCCAUUGGAAACACCCCUGCCAUAAUUGGCAUGACAUGGCUUGCUCAGGAGUUGCCUCUCAGAGACUGGUCCUUAGGCAACAUCACCUUUCCUAAGCAAAUUCAGAUUGUGUCAGCAGAAGAAGCAGACCCAGACCCAUUAGCCAAUUGUCCCUCACAAUAUGUUACACCCUCUAAACAUAUACCACUAGAAUUGGACAAAUUUUCUAAUAUUUCUACUAUUUUUUACACACUCAAUAUCUUUGUUUUUUCAAUCAUGUGA